AUGUCAACAUUACCGGUGCCAAUCGUCUCUGGACCAUUGUUGAACAGUACUCCAAGUGAAGCUUUUGUCGUUUUCAGUGACAAUAGACCAAACUAUCUUGCCCUUCUUGGUAAUCUUUUGGAUUCUGUUCAUUAUUUUUCUACACGUCCAGUGAUUGCCUAUGGUAUCGAUGUUGAUCUUGCACUUGACACCACAAGAUAUCCUCGCUUAAUCAAACGACGUCUAGCUCGGAAAGAUUGUGGUUAUUCAGUAUAUUUCUGUAAAAUUUAUGCUAUAGUGCACAGUCAACUCGACUACGGUGUGCAAUUAGAAGCUGAUAGUGUUGUUAAUUGGAAUGUCGAUAUUCUCUUUGAUGUCAUUCGUCGUUGGCCAUAUUCACUUCCAUUGGCUCCUCGUCAUCCUGAUGAUCCAAUGAAUUAUCGGUAUUUCUUGAAUAGAUUUGGCCUUAGACUAACUGAUCGAACUACACCCUAUAUGCACGCUCAAUUUUCAUGGAACUAUCGAGCAUAUCCAUUUCUUCGACGUGCUCUAGCUCUAAUGCGGGAUAAUAACUUUAACGGUGCGAAUUUAGACGAAACUGGCAUGAACAUUCUGCUUUGGCAAGCCAAAGCGAAUCAUACACUAUGUCGAAUCGAUCCAUUUUUUACGUAUUUAGAUGAGUAUGAAAAGCAGAGCACAAAAUGUCUGGCAGAUUGUCACAAAGUAUUCAUUCUUUUACACGGCGGGAAAGAAUUGAAUCAGAUGCGUGAUGUCUUCAAUCGACUAAAAAAACAUGCUGGGUCGGCUUUUAUUCAAACGGAAAAUAACAAUCUGCACUAUUUAAAUGAAACACAGUACACGUGCUGUUAUCCAAGCAGUCGUCCAUCCUCGAUUCAUCCACUUCUGUGCGAAUAUGUACAUUGA